CUCUGUCAUUUAAGAAGAUAUUUACUGCGAAUAAAAGAAUGCUUCUUCGGCAUAUUAUACCUACCAACAACGAUGUGGAAGAAAUCUACAUUGUAAAGCAGGAGGAUGAGCUGAUAGAAGCAAAUGGGAAUCCUCUUUCGGCAGCUGGUCCUAGUAGACCCGGAGGUUUGCUUCCGGCGGUUUUUCUAGAAAACGAGGAUAUUGAAAUCAAAGACGAACCAUUGAGUAUCCACGGAAGCGACGAAGAGUAUGACACUGAAGAAAAGUACGAUCCGCCGAUUCCGAUUUUCCAUGCUCUUCCGGUGGAGGUAAAACUUGUUGAGGACCUUCCAAAAAAACUGGAAGCUAUAAAAAAGGAACCCACGGAAGUUCAACCUCAGCCCCAGUCAAAUAAGAUUUUGCCGCCCACGCCUGUGCCAGCAAAAACAAAUGUUAAAAGUGAAGAAGAUACAGAUUCGUAUGAUGCUUGGGCCAAGAACGAUGAUGUUCCUCUCGCUAGAAGAAGAGAAAAAGCAAAAGCGAAGCGUGUUCGUAAGAGAAAGGUACCUGUUAAGAAGCAGGAACAUAAGAUUCCAGAAUCUGAUGAUAGUGGUGACUUUAUUGACGAUCUGGACGAGGAUGAAUAUAAGCCACCGAAGCUAGAAGACAAUCUAGUUGAGAAAGGCAAAAAGGUGAAGAAAGAACGAAAAAAACUACAUAAAAAGGUAAAACCAGAAGUCGAAAAAGACGGUAGUGAGGAAUCCGAUCAGGAAGAUGUGGUUAAAUGCUUUAUUUGUGUCACCGACCAGAAAGAAACAUGGGCACUGAUAAAGCAUAUGAGACGCGAGCAUAAAAAUAUGCUACCAUUCAAAUGUAACGUUUGUGUAUCACGAGAAAUUACGAAGCUGAAGGAAUUGAAUUUACAUUUUCGGCAACAUGAUGAAAGCCGAAAGCACAAAUGUAUGUACUGUGCGGCACGUUUCCCAUCAGCACAAGCUCAGAGUAGUCAUAUGCGACGUAUGCACAAUGAUAGUUACAAUAUGGAUAUGGAAAAAUAUCGACGUUUCGUAUGUCGUUUCUGUGAUAAGAAGUUUACCAAGAAACAUGAUCAUGAGAUGCACGAAAAACGUCAUCUUAAGGAAAAAUCCAAUGAUGUAGAGUUUCUGAAAAGAGAACUUAAGUGCUACAUAUGCAACGAUUUUAUAGGCAAAACCCGAGACGAUCUGAAUGUUCACGUCGUGAAACACAACACAGAAUGGCUACCAUACCAUUGCCAGAAGUGUGACAAUAAAAAGAUCACAACCGCUCGGGUUCUGUGUGAACAUUUGCGUCAACAUGAAGAGGGUCUUGCUGUCAAGUGUGUCUAUUGUGAUGAGCGUUUUGUAACGUUGGCAGCAUGCCAGACCCAUGAGCGGAGUCACGCAGCCGAGAAAGAAGCGGACGAAAUAAUCGAUGCUAAAAUUAUAGCGGAAACACACAAUGCAACCGUGGUUGUUGUGGACGGUCAAAAACGUUUCCAAUGUGACAAAUGUGACCGGUCCUACACACUUUUUAGUAGUCUCCGUAAACAUCAAAAUCUGCAUACUAAGAGCAAUGCUUACAUCUGUCUGAAAUGUGGCAGAGCUUUUAUUAAAGCAUCUUCUUUGGCUCUUCACGAAAGAAGAAACCAUGACGAGAAUGCAAAUUUUGCCUGUGAAGGUUGUGGAAAAACGUUUCGAACGAUUGGUCAUUUGCUAGACCAUAGAACUCGAACUCAGCACUAUGCCGGAAAGCCUUACAUUUGUGAAGGGUGCACAAAAACAUUCCGUUUACCAGAUGAGCUUAAAGAGCACCAAAUAACUUGCCCCGAAACGGAAGCAAAUCGAGCAUGUUUCUGUGGACUAUGUUCCGAAAAUUUCCCGUCGCUGGCAAUUGCUCUGGAACAUGUUAAAGCGGAGCAUGAUUUGGAAAUUCCUGAAACAAAGUGCAGAUACUGUGACUUGACAUUCCGUGAUGCAGAGCGGAUUGUGGAGCACGAAUUUAAGCAUACGUUGCCAGGGAUUAUGACAUGUACCAUGUGUAAUCGAAUUUUCAAGCAUUUGAAAAAUUUACAGUGUCACAUGAAGAAUCACGGGAAGGUAGCGAUUCCGUUCAUGUGCGAUAUCUGCGGAAAAACUUUUACACAAAAGGGGACGCUGACGAUUCAUACUCGUUUGCAUACCGGAGAACGUCCGUAUACCUGUCAGCUUUGUCAGAAAGGAUUUGUGGAUAAGAAUGAAAUGCGACGUCACUAUAAUAUGCAUUUUAACCCUCAAAGCAAGUUGUUCAUUCCGAACGCGGAACAGAUUGCUGCUCCCGUGGAUGUGGGAGCACAGGGAAAAAAAUAUAAACAGUACACUUGUAAGAUUUGUGGUCGUCAGCUUACCACUUCGACAGCAUUGGCUAAACAUAUUACGACUCAUACGGGCGAGAAGAAGUACCAAUGCGAUUUUUGUGAGAAACGCUUCGCUCAAGGAGGACAGCUAACAGUUCACCGUCGAAUCCACACCGGUGAGAGGCCGUUUGCGUGCGAAAUCUGCGGCCAGCGAUUCGUUGGUGGAAGCAACUAUAAACGGCAUGCGAAGCAGGGAAUGUGCAAGGCAACUGGGAUUACCGGUAUGCCCGGUCUUUCAGUGCCGGUUAUCGUUGAUCCAAUGACUGACGAAGAACCGAUGUAUCCGGUUGACUAGAAUGUGUACACGAUUAUUUGUACUUUGCUGGUAGCGUGGUUUAACUAGGAAAGUUGUCUGCAUCACAUUUCUGGACAAUUAUUCCAUCAUUUUUUUAUCGAUUUGAAAUGUUCUAUUCCCAACAUUUGAUAACCGUUUAUUUAACGAAUAGGGGAAAUUCCUCCAUUAUGAACAAUAUCUAACAUUCAACCUGGGAAAAAUGAGCAACAGUAAAUGGUUAGAUCUGGCAAAUAAGUUGCUGCUGAUCGAAGAAAAUCGUUUUAGGAACUGCAAAAUUAGGCUUUUAACGUUUUCAAAGUACACUCAAGUUUUUUUUUACGCGGUUUUUUUUUGCGCGGUAUUUUUUUACGCGGGUUUUUUUACGCGGAUUUUGAAAUUUACGCGGUUUUCAUUUACGCGGAUUUUGAAAUUUACGCGGUUUUCAUUUACGUGGAUUUUGAAAUUUACGCGGUUUUCAUUUACGCGGUUUUUGAAAUUUACGCGGUUUUCAUUUACGCGGAUUUUGGAAUUUACGCGGUAUCCAUCAAUGAGGUUCCCUUUAUCGCGGAUUCUUAAAUUUAAGUGGUCUUCAUUUACGCGGAUUUUGAAAUUUACGCGGUUUUCAUUUACGCGGAUUUUGAAAUUUACGCGGUUUUCAUUUACGCGGAUUUUGAAAUUUACGCGGUUUUCAUUUACGCGGUUUUCAUUUACGCGGCUCGUAUCCCCCGCGUAAAAAAAACCUGAGUGUACAGUGAAAGUAAUUCUUCUUUUUCAUUUUUAAAAAUACGUUUGUAAUAGGUUAUCCGGUAAAGUUUUUAAUAGUAUACUGUCAACUUAAUUCCUUCAGUGACACUACGGUCAAAUCAAUCUUCUCGACGAAGACUUGUUUUAAGCUUCCUUAUUGUAAUAUAGAAUUAUAAUUAUGAUAAAAGUAUUCGGCGGGCUGCUGACAAAUCACAUUAGUUUUUUCGACCUAUGAAUACAUAGUUUUUUAUUUGAAGGGAAUCUUAUUCCUGUGGGCAUCGUAAAAUAGUUGUUACGAUACUUGCCUAUUACACAAACGAUCUGUGUACACUGAAAUUUGUAUAGGUAUUCCCCAACGAGUUUUAGGAUUGAACUCCUUUGUAAUUAAAGAAAUACAAAAAUAAAU